CUGAACGAAUCUCUCUUCUAUGGCUCGCCUAAGAUGAUUAGCUACGGCGUCGUUGUCCAGAUCGCCGGUCUAAGCGAUUGGGAAGACAAACACAUCCUCGACAUGGCCUUUGUUGCGUAUCAGAAAUUUCUUACCCAAUUUGGAGAAGACCUCACCAAUAGAAGAUAUACGAACCCUAGUCUAAAAGAUAGAGACCGACCGGCAGUCACUACUACGAUGGUCAUCGACAACACUGCUUAUAUCUCAACCUCACUCAAAGGCAAGGGUUCUUACAUUUAUGAUCCAGCCUUGUCUGCCGUCAAAACCGAUCAUCCAUGUGACGGCCCUGUGCUUGAUGGACUCCGCCGUUGUCAAGAGAGAUCGAUCGACGUCGCUGGCGCAACGCGUAUGCAUCGCACGUCGGCCAAAUGCGGUGAGUGGAUAAGGGAUCUGUCCGACGCGAAAAUUGUGACCAUCACUACAAAUGCAAAGGGCGAGAUUGCAACUAUUCCGCCUUGCGAGAAAACCAAUUCGGAAAACCACCUGCCCAACGAUUGGGGUUGCAACGAGUUCGCGCAGGAGGUGAACAUGCAUGUCAUCACCGGAGACAGCGGGCGAGAGGCCAAGGAGGUAGCUGACGAAGAUAUCCAACAGCCGAGCGAGCAAACUCGAUACCCCUGA